AUGCUAGACAAUCAAUUUCGAAACAAGCGCCAGGCGCAUACCGUCAGCCGCUCGAGUUACGAACAAGCCUGGAACCCUUUCCGACACGUCGCCUGGGGGCAGAGGCACGGCCGGGCGGAGACGUGGAACGCCGGACACGAGGAGCAGGAGCAGCCCGGCGGCGAGCGUCUCUCACACGCCGCCACGGCACCGACAUCGUCAUCGACGGCCACGGCCAACAACUCGACCGACCCGCCCGCCGCAGCCGCCAUGCUCGGCGCCGCCGGUCCUGGUGGGGAGACGGGGCCAUCGGCACCCCGGUUCAGCGGAACUGGCGCCGAGGAUGAGGCGAUGGCCACGAGAUCUGUCGACGAAGGCAUCGGUGCCGGGUCCCGGGCCGGGUCCCUGCGAAACAGGAGGCCCGACGCCGCGGCCCUCGACAGCACGCCCGGCGAUGGCGAUGCCAAGGAUGGCAAGAAGCAGAAGAAGAACUACCAGAACGGCAUCAUCCGUCAUGUCUAUCCGACGGAGCCCUUCACCGUCGCCAACCAGUUGCAGCGGACCUUUCUCAACUCGUGGAUCAACGUGCUGCUCUUCGCCGCCCCCGUCGGCAUCGCUCUCGCCCAGGUGAGCUCGGUGGACAAAAAGAUCGUCUUCGUCAUCAACUUCAUCGCCAUCAUCCCCUUGGCUGCCAUGCUCGGCUUCGCCACCGAGGAAAUCGCCCUCCGAACGGGAGAGACGCUCGGUGGACUCCUCAACGCCACCUUUGGCAACGCCGUCGAGCUCAUCGUCGCCCUCAUCGCCCUCAUAGACAACAAGAUCAGCAUCGUCAAGACCUCCCUCAUCGGGUCCAUCCUCUCCAACCUGCUGCUCGUCAUGGGCUGCUGCUUCUUCUUUGGCGGCCUACGACGAUCCGAGCAGUUCUUCAACACCACCGUCGCCCAAACCGCCGCCUCCCUGCUCGCCCUCGCCGCCGCCUCCGUCAUCGUCCCCACCGUCUUUGACUCCGUCCAGGAUACGCCCCUGAACAAGGUCGCCGCCCUGUCGCGAGGCACCGCCGUCAUCCUCCUCGUCGUCUACGCCGCCUACCUCUUCUUCCAGCUCAAGACCCAUCAAGCCGUCUUCAGCGAGUCGAGUCAAAAAGUGCCCGCGAAGCCCUGGAAAUCGGGCGUCAAGCCCGGCGCGGUCAAGCAGGGAUUUGCAAUGCCGGGAUCGCUCAUGGGUCACGCCUUGCCCGACCAGAGCGAGAAUGAACGGUUGUCCAAGAUGCUCAUGACCACGCCGCGCAUCAACAAGGAUGGCCACGUCGUGGAGGAUGACGAGGACGAGGAGCCGCAGCUCAAUUUCAUCGUUGCCCUCUGCACCUUGGCCGGCUCCACCGUGGUCAUCGCCUUUUGCGCCGAGUACAUGGUCGACGCCAUCGAUGCCAUCACCCGCGACGGCUCCUUGUCUGUCGAGUUUGUCGGUCUCAUCCUUUUGCCCAUCGUCGGGAACGCGGCCGAGCACGCGACGGCCGUCACCGUUGCCAUCAAGGACAAGAUGGACCUCGCCAUCGGCGUUGCCAUCGGCUCUAGCAUGCAGGUCGCCCUGUUCCUCAUCCCCCUGCUCGUCGUCGUCGGCUGGGGCAUGGGCAAGGACGAAAUGAACCUGAGUUUCGACAAUUUCCAGGUCGCCGUCAUGUUUGUCUCCGUCUUGUUGACCAACUACCUCAUUGGCGACGGAAAGAGCCACUGGCUCGAGGGCUUCUUGCUCAUCUGCCUCUACGCCAUCAUCGCCGUUUGCUCCUUUUGUAUGUUGCUUCGUUCGCAAUCCACCCCUCACCCUCGGCUGCUAACUGACUGCAUGAUAGACUAUCCCGAUUCACAAACGGGCGGCUUUUAA